AGCGGAGCGGCGGCGGCGGCGCGGCGCAGGGCGCGGGGCGGCAUGGCCACCACCGCGCAGUACCUGCCGCGGGGCCCCGGCGGCGGAGCCGGGGGCACGGGACCGCUUAUGCAUCCGGACGCCGCGGCGGCAGCGGCGGCGGCGGCGGCCGCCGAGCGGCUGCACGCGGGGGCCGCGUACCGCGAAGUGCAGAAGCUGAUGCACCACGAGUGGCUGGGCGCGGGCGCGGGCCACCCCGUGGGCCUAGCGCACCCCCAGUGGCUACCCACGGGAGGAGGAGGCGGCGGCGACUGGGCCGGGGGCCCGCACCUGGAACACGGCAAGGCGGGCGGCGGCGGUACCGGCCGAGCCGACGACGGCGGCGGCGGAGGAGGAGGUUUCCACGCGCGCCUGGUGCACCAGGGAGCGGCCCACGCGGGCGCUGCAUGGGCGCAGGGCGGCACGGCGCACCACUUGGGCCCAGCCAUGUCGCCGUCCCCAGGGGCCGGCGGGGGCCACCAGCCCCAGCCGCUCGGGCUGUACGCGCAGGCGGCCUACCCUGGGGGCGGCGGCGGCGGCCUGGCCGGGAUGCUGGCGGCGGGCGGCGGCGGUGCGGGGCCCGGCCUGCACCACGCGCUGCACGAGGACGGCCACGAGGCGCAGCUGGAGCCGUCGCCUCCGCCGCACCUGGGCGCCCACGGACACGCACACGGACAUGCACACGCGGGCGGCCUGCACGCGGCGGCGGCGCACCUGCACCCAGGCGCGGGCGGCGGUGGCUCGUCGGUGGGCGAGCACUCGGACGAGGACGCGCCCAGCUCGGACGACCUGGAGCAGUUCGCCAAGCAGUUCAAGCAGCGGCGCAUCAAGCUGGGCUUCACGCAGGCCGACGUGGGGCUGGCGCUGGGCACGCUGUACGGUAACGUGUUCUCCCAGACCACCAUCUGCCGCUUCGAGGCCCUGCAGCUGAGCUUCAAGAACAUGUGCAAGCUCAAGCCGCUGCUCAACAAGUGGCUGGAGGAGACCGACUCGUCCAGCGGCAGCCCCACCAACCUGGACAAGAUCGCGGCGCAGGGCCGCAAGCGAAAGAAGCGCACGUCCAUCGAGGUGGGGGUCAAAGGCGCGCUCGAGAGCCACUUUCUCAAGUGCCCCAAGCCCUCGGCGCACGAGAUCACCGGCCUGGCCGACAGUCUGCAGCUGGAGAAGGAGGUGGUGCGCGUCUGGUUCUGCAACCGGCGGCAGAAGGAGAAGCGCAUGACCCCGGCGGCGGGCGCCGGCCACCCGCCCAUGGACGACGUUUACGCACCGGGCGAGCUGGGGCCGGGCGGGGGCGGUGCGUCGCCGCCCUCGGCGCCCCCGCCACCCCCGCCGGCCGCGCUGCACCACCACCACCACCACACACUGCCCGGCUCGGUGCAGUGACCCCGCGGGCCGGGCCCCCGCCGGCGCGCGGCGAAGCGCCGCGCGGCCUGAACUCUUUUUGUUCGGUUGCUUUGGAUUUUACAAAAAGCCCAGAAACUUUCGAACAAAACCAAACACCCGGACGACCCUCUCUGGCGAGCGGCUGCGUCGCCCGAGCCCCGGGAGAGAGGGGCGAAGAUCUGGAACGCGCCAACUCACCCCGGGCAUCCUGCCCGCCACCUGCUCCCUGCCCCCAUCCCCUCGACGACCCCCGCCCUUGCCCCCCCGGGCUGUUCGGGGCCGGAUCCCGGCAGCGGCCUCCCCACAGCGACAGGUAACGCGGUACGGGGUUAGGGAUUCCCUGGCAGAGAGGACGAAGAGAGGAGGGUUCCCUGUCCCUCUCCCCGGCGCGGACUCCCGAGCCUGCGGGUCGAGGGUGGGGGACUGUCACUUAAUUCGCUCCACGCCUCUUCUCUCCCACAAGGAUGCGCCCCAUCCCCCUUACCCUUCCUCCGGGCUUGGUUUUUUACGGUUUUUAUUUAUUCAUGGAGCCUCCCGGUUCCUGGGGUCCUUCUAACUCCGCCCGCGCCCUUAAUUUAAAUCGCUGUAUACUGUAUUUAUCGGGGCCCCGGAGGGGAGGCCGCGAGAGCCGCGUCUGUGUAUAAAAGCAGGAAAUAGCCAAAGCUUUAAUCUAGCCUAAUUUAUUUUUUUUCCCUUACCUUCCCUUGCCCUACCCCCUAAAAAGCAAAACAAAAACAACAACAACAAAAAAAAACUAACAAAAAAAAAUUCGAGUGUUCAUUUUUCGUUUCGUUUUAUCCGAGCUGCGAUUCGGUUCCCGGCCACGCGGGAGGGGUCUGCGCUCCCACACACAGCCCCCGGGAAGAGGCUUCUGCCCCGCCGCAGACUGACCGCUGCACAGCUGGGCCCCGGCUCCCCGCGGGGCCCUGCCCUCCUGGCCACCGCCAAACGAAACUUGAAAAAGUUGGAGAUAUUUUUUAACCAGCUGUAGAAAUAAGCCGUCCCCUGAGAACCUUCUGCCUGAUUCCCUGCAGCUUCCGCCUGCUCCCUUUCCAGCCCCACCUGGGAUGCGGGAUGCUGGGGCGGCCAGGAGAGAAAUUCCCCAAGUUUGGGGUGAGGUGGGAACCAUGUAAAUAUGUGAGAUAUGUACACACAUUUUGUGCUUGGUUUUUAUUUUUGGUUUUUCCGGGCUGCCCUCCAUCCCCAUCCGAGAGGAUUUUGUACACCGAAUAAUCCGAAAAAAAAAUAUUUUAAUAUGAUUUCCAGAUUUCUGGCCCAUCUCUAUUUAUUUUCUGGAUGUGUUUGGAGCUUCCCCCUUCUCCAUUUCUUGUUCUGUUUGUUACAGUUUGGAUUUAAAUUUUGUUAUUUUAUUUUUAUUAUUUUUCGGAACAAUGUUUUGGUGCAUUCUUUGUAUCUUUAUUGCAAAAAAAAAUAAUGUAGACUGGGAAGUUCCCUUUAUAUUUAUGUUAUAGUAAAUAUUUUAUU